UAUCCUGCAGGUUGCAAGUUUACAUCUGAUACACUACUAUCUGGGACUGUUAUUGGUUGUAAAAGAGGGCAACCAUGUCAUUUCUAUACAUACAUUGCUCUGACAAAUGCAAUAUGUCCAACGAUGCAUACAAAUAAUUCCUUCACAGGCGUGUUUCCACCGACAAUGUCUUCCAAUAACUCUCUUUGCACUUAUGACAUUGUGUUUACAGAUACAGCCUCUAUCGGCCAGAAAACAACCUGCAUAAUGCCUUGCGACAGUGGGGAAGUAAGAUGUUACACUUUGAAUGUCAAUGACUUAUAUGACAUGUGUUCCCCCAACCCAUGCCUCAGUGAUGGUGUCUGUCAGACCACGUUAGAUGGAACAGUGAAAUGCCACUGCAGUAAUGAUUCAGUUACUGGAAGAUUUUGUGAGAAAGGCAGGUUGUAA